AUUGGGCCUCUCGAUGACAACCCGCAGUUCAGCUUCCGCACGAGGUGACCCGAGGUCAUUUCACAUCAGAACGUCCGCAGUCAGGACGCAGUAAACACGGUUGGCCGAGGACAGUUUGUUGGCAGCUUGGGCAAAAGUCAGCACUAGGAGACAGCGGCCAUGAAGUUUAGGCAAAAGACACGAAAGAAAGGCACACAAGUGCCGCAGCAGAAUAGUCCUGUGAAAGGCCGUAGGUCACCAAAGGACGAGCAGAAACCUGGCGAGUCGGGGGCUUGCAGGUCGACUGGUGGCACGGCGACGGAGGAGAGAAAGGAUGUACCCAGCGGUACACGGGUGGCUGGCGGAAUGGACGCCCUGCUGGAUCUUCAGGUGAGCCUGUCGCCAGAGAUAGAGGUGAUCUACCACGAAGACGACGAUGUCCUGCAGCUGGGGGAGUUGUUCUUGCGGAGUCUGAACUGGGAGGAGGGUGGAAGGGACACAAUGGAGGGUGAGGAGGAGAAUGGAGAAUGGCUGUUUGAAUUGCUGACAGAAGUUCAGCUAGAACAAUUCUAUGCAAAACUUCGUGAUGAACUGCAGGUCACUCGAUCUGAACAUUUUGAAUAUGUCAAGUCUGAAGAUUUGGAAAAGAUUGGAAUGGGUAGGCCUGCCAUCCGACGUCUAAUGGAUGCAGUCAAGCGCCGUAAGACUCUUAAGAAGAAAGGCCUGCUUGAUAAGAUUUUGCCAAGCAAAGGUGGUGAAAAACCAACAAACAAAAAAGCAACUGGAGCAAACGUCACUCAAAAUAGUGAUAUGGCACUGACAUGCUUGAUUGACCAGCGAAACCUAUUUAUCUACAACAAGCUUGGCAAUGGUUCUUUUGGUGUUGUCAAACGAGGGGAGUGGGUGACACCUUCAGGAACUAAGAAAGCAGUGGCUGUAAAGAUCUUAAAGAAUGACGUGCUGUCUCAGCCGGGAGCAUUUGAAGAUUUUGUGAAAGAAGUCAAUGCAAUGCAUACACUGCGCCAUGUUAAUCUUAUUCGUCUCUAUGGUGUUGUCUUGUCUACACCUCUUAUGAUGGUCACUGAAAUCGCUCCUCAUGGAGCACUGUUGGAUAAACUGCGUCAGUCAGAUUCCAAGAUUCUGAUCACAACAUUGUGUGAUUUCGCCUUCCAAAUUGCGAAUGGUAUGAGCUUUCUUGAAUCCAAGCGUUUCAUUCACAGAGAUCUGGCCUGCCGAAAUGUGCUAAUGACUUCUUCCGAUAAGAUUAAGAUUGGUGAUUUUGGUUUGAUGCGAGCCCUGCCAAGCCAGGAAGACCACUAUGUUAUGUCUGAACAUAGAAAAGUUCCCUUUGCUUGGUGUGCUCCUGAGAGCUUAAAGUCUCGGCAGUUUUCUCAUGCCAGCGACACGUGGAUGUUUGGUGUUACCCUGUGGGAGAUGUUUACAUUUGGUCAGGAGCCCUGGAUGGGGUACAAUGGUUCACAGAUUUUGCAAAAGAUUGACGUAGAGGGAGAAAGACUUCCCAAACCAGAAAGCUGUCCCAGCGACGUAUACCAGUUAAUGUUACAGUGUUGGGCCCACAAACCUCAGGACCGACCAAACUUUAUCGCACUCAAAGACUUUCUUUGUGAGGUUCAUCCUCCAAUGGUGAAGGCCAUGCAGAAGUUUGAAGAACCAGGAAAGCUUGCGAUUGACGAAGGAGAUUUCAUUACAAUCAUUGAUGGAAAGCCAGAAAACUUCUGGUGGAAGGGGCAAAAUCGCAGAACAACUGAAGUUGGCUCUUUUCCUCGCAACAUUGUAGAUGUACAGCGGCGUCUGGCAGGUCAUGACAUCAGCAAACCCUUAAAGAACAGCUUCAUACACACUGGUCAUGGCGAUGUUCUCAGUGGGAAUACUUGGGGUGAUCCCAGGAAGAUUGAUGAGGUGUACUUGCGUAAUCCUAUGGAACCUCCAGAUGUUAGUGGUGUCAACGAUGACGGCGAUAAAGCAGCAGAUUAUGUAGAUGAUGGGGGAAAAAAGUCAUUCUCAGGACGUCUGUUCAAUUACUCUAAGCUGAAAGAUGAUAAAGCGCCAUCCACAAAGACACAACGAAAACAGCCACCUCCAACUGGGAGAGCAACUCCUGUUGUCGCAGUAACAGGAAAACAGCAAAGUAAUGCACAACAUGUUAAAUAUGAUGCUUCACCAACGUUAAGAAGGGCAUCCAGAAUUUCCUCGGCUGAAGAUAAGCCUCUGAUUGACCUGAGUGAAGACUCCACCAGUAUAGGAGCAGACAACAAGUCUCUACAGGUUGCGAAGAGUGAACUUUCUUUGUUUGAUGCUUUGUGCACCAAUACAACCACCCAGCACUAUGGGAAUGUUGACUUGCCCAAGCCUCUUCUGAGCACCUCUCCACCUGAGGACCCCUUUGAGGUUUCACCUGCUGUGAAGUUGUUUGCUGGAGAUCCUCAGUCUCGCCAUGGCCUGGCGUGGUCACAAAAUGACGCAUGGUCCAAGUCAAUCACCAAUGGUUACCAAAAAUCUUCUGAGAAGUUUGAUUCCCAUUUUGAAGACAGUUUUAAACCAAACUCUCAGGGAGCAUUGGCUCAGUCUCUAAAGCGUGAAAACACUAAGACAGGAGAACCACUGCAUCAACUAACACUGGCUCAAGAAGGAGGAAAAGAUCAAAGAGAGCAGAAAAAUCAGCAGGCUUUUGAUUCUUCACCAGCAGUUUCUGUUGCAAAAAAGAACGUGCAAGGCCCUUGUGCUCAUCGUUCUCCUUCUAACCCAUUGUUUCCAGAAGGUUUCAAUGAUGCUCCUGUAUCUCAUCAUCAGAAAGCUUCUAGUGAGUCAUCGGCUUUGAGGCGACCUGGCAAGCACCUUGCGCAGCCUGCUAGAGUGUCUUCUGACACAGCUUAUUCGGUUGCUGCAGAAAGUGGAAAGUCGAAGGUUGGGCCACACUCAUCACCUUUGUCUGCCAGCCCUUCUUCCUUCGGCACCAACAAACCCUGUGCAUCAGCUUUGCCUUUCAGCGGAGCUGUUCAGGUUUUACCUAAAAUUCCUUUCCCUGGUACAUUGCACCAAACAAACAGCAGGGGAGCUAGUGUAGAUGUUGGUAGUGUGGCAUCUAACGCUAAGCCCACGGAACAGACGACAGAUAAAGCAUUUGACUGGCUCAACGAUGCAAUAAGCAACCUUGCUGUCUCACGUGCUGGAAGUCAGCAGGCUUUUACAAAGAUAGACUACUCUGAUUCAUACAUAGUCAGAAUGGAAAAAACAGAGAGAAAUGCUGAUGGUGGAUACAGGGGCAGCCAGUCUGCUGACAGGAAUUAUCCUCCUCCUAGUUACGAUGAUAUUCCAAGGGAAGUCAGCGAAGCAGAUAGUGGCUGGUCUCCGUCAGUUCGUAGACAGGAUUUUGUUGCAAUGUCAUUGAAACAGCCAUUUCCUGACUCAUCACCUUGGUACGAUGAAGUUCCUGUGGAUGCUUCACCAUCUCUUAAUUUUAAUCAACGCUAUGGCAAUGUUGAAGACAUAUUAACACCAUCGUCAGAGAGUCACGUUUCCUUAGAGAAUAACUAUGCAAGUAGCACAUCGCAGUACUAUGCCUGCACCUCAGAGUUUUCAGAUGAUUUUGAUGAUGAUGAAUUUGAUGAUGAUUUUGAUGAACCUUACUCUGGUGAUACAAGGGAAGGGCCUCCACCCCCUUUGCCUCCUAAAGAUUAUCAACAUAAAGACUAUGAAGGAAGAAUAUCCCCAGAAAAGCCUAAUAUUUUCCCAGUUCUCCAGGAUGGCAAACAACUAAGUCAUACUCAUUACUUCCUCAUCCCUCCAAAAGAACGCUCCUCAGUUACAGCAGCAGUUAAGCCCUUUGUAACUGGGUCUUCACAUGAUGAUGGCAGCGAUGAGAUUAGCAGUCAAGCAAACUACCAGAACAUUAGUGUUGCUACCAGUCUCAACACUGCAUACUCCCCAGGCAGUCCAGAAGGGAAGGAUGUUAAACCUCGAUCUUACAGCACUCAUUCCAGCCCCAGUAAGUACAGAGGAGGAAGUGACCAAAAAGGAGAAGAGAGACGGAGAUAUUCAUAUCAGCAAGGAAGGUCUGUGUCCUCCUCCAGUUCCUCUAAGGUCUCCCCAAAUAAACAUCCUCCAACCUCUAAGACAAAGUCGUGGGAUGACACACACUCACCGAGAAGUGAAAGCAGCUAUUGUGACAGCGUCAGCAGGGACAGCGUCAGCAGGGACAGCAUCAGCAGCUUCAGCAAUGUCUCACCACGUGAACUUGUGGCACAAGUGCGGAGCAGUGUGCUGGGUGUGACCGAUGAAGAGUCGCAUGCGGCGCUGUGCCACUGUCAUUGGGAUGUGAACCAAGCCGUGCGCUACCUCAAAGUCGAACAGCUGUUCCGCAUGGGCUUGGCCACACGGCAGCACUGCCACAGUUUGCUGGAGGCUCUCCAGUGGAACCUGGAACUGGCCAGCUCCGUCAUGCUGGAUGAGGUGAGAGGCAAAGUGCAGUGUGAGUCAACUGUGUGAUGCAUCAGUUGCUGGCAGUGAAUCUUUGUCCAUAAUUGCUACCCUGGAUGCCACAAGAGCAAAACUUAAUAUGUAAUUCUUCAGUGCAAAAAGAGCAAUUCUACCCACAGAUUGUGAAGCUAAGGAUUUGCUGAAAGACUUGGUGAUUUCCAUUCAUAACUUUGCUACAAGAACCAGGAAAAUCAGACUGGUCAAUUUGAUGGACUUCAUUUACUGAGAAAUGCUUGUGAGAAUUCUCCACUUCUGUUGUAUAUAUCGAGCUCCUGAAGGAGAACCUGUCCACCAGCUAUCCCAAGCUUUUUAAACUACUUCCAGUGCUGACUCAUCAAAGGUGACAUUUUUUCCAGGUGUUGUGAUUUCCUCUGCACACUCCUGCUUCUUCAUCCUUUGCGGCAUUCUUUUCCUGGGGACGAGUGGAAUGUGAGUGUAAGAUGCAUUCUAGAUAAAGUGAGGGUGUGAAGCAAAUGAAGACUAUUUUGUUUCAGUGUUUUCGGGUAAUUCAUUUUUCAGUAUGGCAGACUAACAAAGCAAUAUUCUGUGCAUGUAAGUGGAAGCAUUAGUUCAGCUGCUGACUUAACCGUGCUUUAUUUAACAUGUUUUUAAGAGCAGUCAGGUGUUGAAAGACAUCUACAACGUUUUCUGCAUGCAGAUAUUUCUGUGUGGACCUCUUUAGCCACUUUUGCAAUAGGCUGGGGUUUUUUUUUGUUUUUUUUGUGGAAAUGUUUGUGUUCUAACAAGGAUCAUGUCAGAGCAGUGAACAAGAUGAUUCUCUUCAGAAUGUAAUAACAUACUCAUUAGUAUUCACUUGUUUACAGUGGUAGGAUCUUCUGAAGUGCAUGGUAAAUUGGUCUCAUUUUACAGUAAUCAUGGUAACAAGAAACAAAGGCUAACAUGUCACUGUGGUGUAUUAAAAGUUGCUCAUAAUAUUGCUUCUUGCUAUGCUAAGUGACUUGUUUAUAGCUUUAAAUUGCAGACAAAUAAGUUGGUUCAGAUUACAGAGAUGCAAAAAUAUUAAAAUAGUGUUUUGCAAAUUAUUGAUUAUUUUAAACUGUUGCAUCAAGAUAAAAUAUAGUUCCCAUGGCCAUAUUGAUGUUUCAGUAGAUCUUACAGUCAAAGAUCAUGAUGUUCAGCAUUGAUGCAAACAAAAACAGAACCAAAAAACCCAUUUAAUUGCUACAAAACAAAGUCAAAUCUUGCACCCCUAGCUUGGAAAUAUAUGGUUAAUACUGCAAAGUUGUCACUUAUGGUUUGUUCCAUGCUUUAAAUAUACAGUCUGUUGAACGCACACAAGUGGUGUGGUUAGACAACAAAAUCUGUGGAAAUAAAAGGAAAUUUUUGUUUGGCUUUGGUCACUCUUGAUAUACGCACACACUUCUACCACAAACUUAUAUUAAUGGACUGCUUGCAGAUGAUUUUUUUUUCAGUUAACGACUAGAACAAGGCAGGUGUGUACAAAGCUUCCAGUUUAGUCACAUCCAUGCUUUAAGCUCACUGAGACUGACAGCUUGGAGCUUCACAAGAGGCUAAGCGUUGGUCUCGGCAGUCAUCAGUCCACCUAUACACGUCCAUGCUUCUACCUCCCCCUCCCCCUGACACAUACAGAAGUAUAAAAUAGGGUGUAAUCAGAUGAUGACCAUUAUUGUCUGUGAUCUGUUUGCUGUCCAUUUUCUUACAAAGAAGUUAAAUAUAUUGCUGCUCCUCUUUCAAGGAUCUUUUAAGAGACAAAAUUGUGUAUUAUGUACUUGUUGAUGGAGAUCUGUACAAUACUAGAGAUGUGUAUCAACCUCAAAGUAACAGAACUUUUGUUGUUGUUGUUGUUGUUAGUGUGCAUUGUUGUACUUUGGCAAAUUCAUUCCCCAUAAUUUUUGAUAACUGUAUCCUCUUUAUUAAGUUGAACUAAAAUAGUAAAUAAGUUCAACAUUAUUUUCUCUGUGCACAUAGUGUGUAUAUUAAGCAAUAUUUCAUACCAACAUUUCUACCCAUUAUAUAGAUCUUUGUGCAAACAUGCUAUUUCAAUUAUAAAAUUGCUAGAUUUGUUUUAAGACAGAGAAUGCCAGCAAUAACUUAUUUUAAAGAAGAAGGUCAACAAGAGCUAUAUUUUUGGAAGUCAAGCAGAAUGAAUUAGCAGCUGGAUCAUGUAACUUGUGUCCUUGGAAAUCUGGAGCGAUAACUGUUUCUGAAAUAGCAGAACAACAAAAUAAUAUGAAGGUCAACCAACCAAAAUUCUAGACAAAAGCUUUAUUUUGCUGGGCCACAGGUAGAAUUGAUGGUAUGAGGCAGGGUUACUUUUAACCUUUCUAUAUAUAUUAUAGCCUUUACUUUCUAGAAAUCUUUGCAGCAUUUCGAGAAAUGGGAUGGCUGCCUAGAUAUCUUUGCCUGUGUUUUUGUGACCAUGAUUUCUCUUUGAUGUAUAUCAAUAAAUGUAUGGCUAUUUGUACUUAUCUUUAGGUGGAGAGUUGAAUUUGAGGGUGAUAUUGCAGAUCUGUACACAAUACAGAAACUUCACUUGGUAACAAUCACAUUACUGUAUGGCUACUAGCAGCUUUCCUAUUUUGCUUUUUAAAAGAAUCAGUUUGCUGGGGAGGUACAAAUCAAGCACCUACACUGGCUUUGCUCUUUUUCUUUUUCAAAAGUUUCCAGUCAGCUAUCUGCAUGAUAAAUUGAGUUCUAGUUUGGAUCUUGAACACUGCUGAAGCUUAUAUGUGUUAAAAAUGCAAUAUUUUUAUCAGAUUUGUAUUUGUGUAAACAUGCAGGAGAUCACAUUUCUAUUUGUAUGGUACAUUUAGUUUAUCACCAGAUAGAGGUUUAGUGUCAAAACAUUAGCAUUCUGUGUACAGAGAAGUGGAAAGUUGAGUGAUUGUAAUACCAGCAUCCUAGACCAGAGGCACAUACAGUAGCCAGUUCAAUACCCAUGAGAGUCACUUCUCCCAGAGACCCACAAUUAGAGUCAGGGAAGAAAGGGCAGCAAGAAAGAUGGGCACUGCCUUAAAAAAAAAAGCCUGACCCCCAAGAUGUGGUCUCACUGUGGUAUUCAGUCCCCAUUGACCAAAAGCUUAUCAUACUACCCUUACCUAUCAUAUGCACAAAUUAGUGUGCAGAUUUUCCUUACAGUUUGGAUUGUAGGAAAUGACAGGUUCAAAGGUUGUCAGCCAUAACCUUGUGUUGAAAUUCAUUUCUGCAUGUAAGAUACAAUGGUGCAUUAUACUUUAUAGCAAUGUUGGAAAUUUACUCAUUACUGUUUGCUACACGAAUGGCAAUAUGCUGAUUUUUCAGUUAUCGUUUAAUCACUAGCAUAUUCAGAAAUUGGAAAGAAAAAAAAAGCAUUUUAGAAUGGGAUUCAAAUUUUGUUUAGAUAUAGGGAGAAAAAGGAAGGUUUAAAUAAAAUUUCCAUGGUGGUCUGUCACCUAUAGGUUAGAGCAGCAACGGCAAAUUGCUGGCUUAGCUAUGAACAAUCCAUGCAAGCAAUGUGUCCAUCUCAAGCGUAUGAACCAGUGUUUGAAAGUAUGAAGUGCAUGGUAUUUUACGAGUCAGCACUGCUGAAACUAACAUUUAAAAUUUCUUAUUGCGUCAGAGUAUGCUCAAGACUGAAUCAGUAACUGGGCUGAGUAAAAUUGAAAAAAAAAGUUCCUGUUCCAAUAUUAUUCUAAAAUCAGCGGUCAAUUAUAACUUUUGCAAGCUGACAUGUCCAAGUCUUAAUUUAUGGUCAUGUAGCUGCAGAUUAGUUACUGUAGCUGUUUUUUGUGCCUGUGUUUUGAAAGUACUAUUCAUCUCUCAUGUUGGCAUUUUUUUCCACAUUCCAUGCUUGUACACAAAUACCAUUUUCUAUGCUUGUGGCAGUGCUUUACUCAGCUUGUGCUUUUGGUGUAGAAAUAAUCUAGUGAUGGCAAGUAUGUCUUUACCAUGUCACUGGAGAUGCAGCAAUAUGGGUUAUGUGAUGUGGAUCAGUCUCUUAUCACCCAUGUCAAGUACAUUGUCUUUCAGGAUACUAUACUGUAAUUAUUUCUUUUAGCAGAAAGAUUGUGAGUGUGUGUUGUCUGCUGACGAAUAACUUUCUCCUAGAUUUUAAGAAUCAGAAGAAAAACGGUAUGGUGGUGGAAUUUUUGUUGAGUAAAAGCAGGAAGGGGAAAGAGGAGCAAAAAUCAAUUUUCAUAGUUUAUAUAUUCCGUGUUGCAAAAAGCGAGAAUCGAUUUCUUUUAUGAGAAAUACAUGCAACUGUUCCCGUUUUCAAGUACUAAUGUGAUUUAGUGACUUGGCAUAGUUUUAUAAAGUUUUUUUAAAUAAUUUCUCAGGGAACUAGUACACCUACCAUUGGAGUGUACCCAAGACCCUGUUGAUUCUCAUUUGCUUUUGUUUUUCCUACAUUUAACUUAUUUUAGUGUUCAGGAGAAUUAGGUGUCGUGUUUUUCCCUCAUUGUACAAGUCUUGCGAGUAAAAAAUGCAUUAAUGGUGGUCAGUUUUUUGUCAUAUCACUGCUAGUAAUAUGCAGAUACUUUCUUUGCCAGAUUAUGGCCUGUAACGUGUCAUAUUCUUGAUUCGCCUUGCAUGUAUUGCCCAAGUAGUUGUAAGGGCAAACUGUUCAUGGGAAGUAACCCAGUUGCAACUAUAUGCAAAUUUCUAGUGAUGUCCCUUGGAUUGUUAAGCUGCGUCAAGUAGCUCACGCUUACCUAUUUUAGAUAGAAAAAGAGGCCCUUUUGCACAAAGUUUGUUGACAAUUUCCCUGUUCACCCCAGUGAAGUGCUGCCUAGAGAACAAUUGCUCGACUGUGGGUUGCUUCUACUUUUUGGUGAUCUUAGUCUGUGAUCUUAUCAGCCCCCGCCACCCAUGUUUGAAAAAACAGGCCUUUCUCUCUUCUUCACGUUUUUGUGAAGCUGAUUUUCAGCAAAUUAUUCACUUUCAAACGAUUCCACGUUGAGAACCUACAAUUAAUGUAAUGCAUGCAUUGAUGAUUGUUGACAACUUCCACAUGUUCUCAAAGCCAAAUAGUGUCUGUGUAUAAUGCAGACCUAAUCAAGUCAGCAGUGGUGAAACAAAUGCACACACAUGGAAAAUGUUAUUGUAUGGAGAGAAUUUUUAGCCAGCUACUCUUUGCAAUGAAGAUAUUUCGUUACUCUUAGAGAUUCAAUCAUGUUUGCAAACACUGUGCCUGUUUUAUUUUUAUCUGAACCUUUAUUUUGAUCUGUACACAAGUGAUCACAAGCCCAUGUUGAGCAAGCCACAUUUCUUUAAUCAUGUAUAAUAUUCAUUGUAGUUAUUGCCGACUGGCCAGUGAUGUGCGGGAAUGGUGUUACUUAUUAUAUCCAUAUACAUUUUCCAUCAUUUUAAAAGUAAAUAGUAUUCUACUACUGUUGGAAAUAAUCUGAUAAGAAUUUGGCAAUGGCAUGUUAUGCUGAUAGUUGUGGUUUGCAAGUUUUCAACAUUUUUUUCAUGCAGUGUGUUUGUUUUGUUUUUUUUAUAAAAAAGUAAAGGCACAUUUUAAAAAAUUUGUCAUGUAACUUACCCAUGCAACAACUGUAAUAAAUCUCUGUUCUGUA